ACUGUUAAAUUAUUUAAGAUUCAACGAACACACGCGGCUACCAACGUACAAGAAACUACCUCUCUGUUUCCUCCUGGAUCUCUUAAAAUCGAUUUAUCUGGAUCGAGGAGUCACAAACUAGGGUUCGAUUCGAUUUCCAAUUCUUUCCAUAACCAUUCUUUGAUUUUUCACUGAAAAAUCGAAUCUCUAGGUUUCUAUCGACCGAUCGGUCCGUCGGUCACACAUGCUUAUCAGCCUUGCCUAUACAUACGAUUCCAUUGGAUCUUGAUAUGAAUUUUGGUUAAAUAUUCGAAGUUGGACACAGAAGGGUGGGAAUCAGAGGGGUUUCCGAAGUUGGAUCUGGAGUUUGCAUCUCAACUUCGUUUGCAUAGUGAGAUCAAUAGAAUCGUGCGUUCAUUUUGGUGGACUUAGUCGUAAUUUUUCGCGAGUUCUUUGGGGUUUUAAUCAAAUCGUUACCUGACUUUGCUUUUGAAUUUCUAGAUCUAUUUUUGGAAGUCUUUUAUGGUUGGUUAUAUAUGGUGAGAAGAGCUAGAUUUUUGUGGGUCAACUUUUUAUCAAAAUAAAGGUUCCAUUGCCCGUUUGAUUGCUGAAGAAACCUUUAUAGUGUUCUUCUGUAAAAUUGUCCAUCUUCGCAUCUCAUUCGGCAUGUACCCCAUUCUGUGUGCCGCCAUUCGAUAAUUUAAUUUUCUUAUUCAGUAUAAGCGCUAGUCUGACAUUUCAAAUCAUUAUUGGGCCGCAAGAUCAUUGGAUUUAUUUUCAGUUCUCUUUUCUGAAUCAGUGAAGCAUUUUGUGGGCGCAUAUGGCCUUGUCAUUUACUCAAUUGUCUUGGUGGUUGAGUGGAAGGCAUCGAGAACCUAAAAUUUCCAAGGGGUCUUCUUUAAAAUCUUCAUCUGAUUCAGGUUUGAUGGAUUUGGAUAACGUGAAAUUCCCUUUGGUUAACGGAGGCAACGCCAGCUCCUCACCUAGAAGGGUUAAGCGAAAAUGGCGAAGUCGGGAGAAAAGGAAAAUUGACCAUGAAUAUGAUGUUGUACUGGUGCCAUCAGACGGUGAUUGUGUUUCUGGGUCUGAAUCUGAUGGCUCAGAUUGGUCAAUUGGAUGGUUGGAACCUCAUGGCCCUGAGUUUCGGAGUGAUGCUGAUUCAGAUGAUAGUUUUGCUGUCUUGGUUCCUUGCUAUGGGCGAGGACGUAUGGACAUGGAGGGAAAUCUAGGGGAAAAGUUUAUGCACACCAUCAGAAAUGUGCCAGACAUCUAUGCUGCUGCUGAGAGCAAGAAGUACAUGGAACAAUGGCUCUCCUCUCUCCAGAACGGCUGACAUCAAUGGAACCUAUGGUUGCAGAUAAACUCGGUCAUGUUGCUCCUGCUUCUUCUUAGUUUUCUGGAAUAAGUUCUGUGUCAUCAUACAAAUAAAACUUCUAGAAAGAGAAGAAUAAAUUAUAGAUCGAAGGAGGGGAUUUGCGCUGCUGCCAUAAUCUAAUUAGUGGAAGAUAAUGGACUGUCUUGGGGCUUUACUUUAGCAGUUUGUGAGUGGACAUGCCGAGCUUGUAGAAUAAAAAGCUACCGUUGCGCUGGGUAUUAUAUAUAUGGUUUUGUGUUUAAUUCCUUCAUACGAUGUUGACUGGACAGAGCAGCCCGUUGUCUCCUGAACAAAGAUGGAAAAUGCUCUGCAAGUGUGCGUGGUUGGUGUGUGCUUAGCGUAUUCUUUUAUGUAAAUAUGAUUGUAAAUAUCUGAUGGUCGCUGUGAAUAGUUCCUACUUUCCAAUCAGAGUGGCGUCUAGAAAAGAUGAAGAAUGAAUGUAUUGCUGUCUGUAAAUAAUUGGACUAUGUUUUAGUUAUUGCUUCUGUAAAUAUUUAUUUUACUGUUAAAUAAGUUUGAAUCACAUAGCUCUC